AUGUCCUCGAAACCUGUCGGUUCCUCGGAGCCGAGUGGUCCUAUUCAGGACAGGAGGUCCAUUGAGGACAUGGGCGAGGUUAGGCCCACAGUGGCCAUCUCAGUCGAGGCGGACGAUGGGUCCGUCGUCGACUUUGAUGAUUUGGAGGAAGUCGCGGCUGUGAAGGACAGCGAGCAGCGACGACGACUCGAAGAGCGGAGCCCAGUCGUUAUACUGGAGGACAUCCUGAUUAGGCCGUCCCAGUCUUUUGCGCCCAAGAGCGCGCUCCAGAAGCGCGACAAGUUCGGACGCUUCCAGCGUUCCGAGGUGGAGUCGGUGUCCGGAAUGGACACUAAAAGCGCUUGUGGAAGCCGCAAAGCGGUCAAGCGACCCCCGGAUGUGUCGCAUUGCUCCGACUUCAGCGAGUCGGAAAUAACUGCGGCGGCGCCGAAAAUCAGCACCGCACGCAGGGGAGGAGGCCGCGCCGGGGCGGUAAAGAAGAAAGCCGCCUCAAACGAGGCGAAGAGAUGCACGGCUGCAGAAGUGAAGGCAUAUGAGGCCUUCGCAACGAAGGGGCUCUCCGACCUCGACUGGGAGGACUCGGAGGCGGAAAGUUGGCACGGGGCGGCACCAAGGGCGGAAGCCCUUGCCGCCGACGUAAAACGAGCGGAGGCGAUGGCGGAGGUGACGAGAAUCCUCGCCGCGGUGAGCAAGUCCAGGAACCUCAAGGGUACCACCGCGGCCGAAAUUAAGGAUAAUUUCGACUGUUUAAACCUAUUUAAACUGGAGGCAUCCAUCGAUUCUCUCGCCUCCAGGACUGUGACUGAGGAGACGAAGCGGCUUAUGGCCAAUAACGCUCGUCUCAGCAAGGAGGUAGACCUUAUCAAGGCAGAGGUCAUCGCCCUCCGGAAGGCGUUAUCCGAGCGCCCUCGCCCCUCCGCCGCUGCCACUCCUGUUCUGCAGCAAGGAAUUGGCGCGGACGUGGUAGAGGAGCUCAAACGUUCCUUGACCAUCUCCAUAGGGGAGAUGGUCAAUGCAAGGAUUGCGAGCCUCGAGACGAGGCUCCCCCCAGCGCCGAUUUUGCGGCCGCCUUUGGCGGCAGACAGACAGAGGGCGGCACUGGCGCAGUCACAGGGAGCAGCGGUUCCGUCCGUCUGCCCUCCGGCAACAUCGCGGACAUACGCGGUGGCCGCUGGUGCACGUGUCACUGCAUCAGCACAGGUUGCGCGCGCUGCACGCACCCCACAGCUGCUGAUGCCAGUUCCCACGCCAGUACCGAGGGCGGCGCAGCCAGUCACGUCCAGGUGGGUGCCAGGGACAGGGCCGCCCGCCAGACCAUUGGCGAAGCUGGUCUCGGUGCCUGCACCGAGGCCGGCAGCAAAGCCGGCCAGUUACAAGGCGACUCCGCGCGCCCCAACAGGGGCCGGAGCACCGCCACCGACGCCACAGUCAGAAGGGUGGACGCUGGUGGAAAGCGUCACUCAAAGGCGUCGUGAGAGAAGGAGGCGGCAGAGGGCAAGACAGGCAGCUGCGAAAGCGGCUGCCGCGCCCGCGACGACGAGGGCCCAGCCUAAGCCGAGGAAGGCCAUUCCUCCUCCUCGGCCACGAUCAACGGCUGUGGUUCUCACUCUGCAACCGGCGGCCUUAGAAAAGGGAGUCACGUACGCUCAGACGAUCUCCCGUGCACGUCAAGCGUUCAAUCUUCAGGAGCUGGAAAUCGAAGACGUGCGUAUCAGGGAGACCGCCACCGGGGCCCGCAUUUUGGAGGUCCCGGGCGCCGCCAGCGAUGAAAAGGCAGACCGCCUGGCCUCCAGGCUCCGGGAAGUGUUGGGCGACGACGUUGCGGUGGCACGGCCCACAAAAUGCGUGGAGCUGCGCAUCUCCGACCUCGACGACUCCGUCGAGGCCGAGGUAGUGCGUGCGGCCGUGGUGGCGAAAGGGUCAUGCUCCGUUGACCAGGUUCGGGUGGGCGCGAUCGCCACCGGAGCGGACGGCCGCGGGGCAGUCGUCGUACGCUGCCCUAUCGUCGUCGCCAAGGCGGUGGUCGCCACAAAGUUCCGGGUGGGGUGGAGCACUGCACACGUCAGGGUGCUUGAGCCAUUGCCCAUGCGGUGCUAUCGCUGCAUGGGCAUCGGUCACGUAGGGCGUCGCUGCCCAGUGAGCUCGGACCGGAGCAAUUUAUGCUACCGGUGCGGCAAGCCAGGUCACCGGGCGGCUGGAUGUCAGGCGGAGCCAAAGUGUGCCGUCUGCGCCGAUCUUGGUCGGCCGGCGGCGCACAUAAUGGGAGGGAAGCGACGGUACCUGCGGCUUUGCCAGUGGAGGAAGUUGAGAUGUCUAUUGAUGGACAGACUUGAACUCAACUUCCUCCAGACGAACCUGAACCACUGCGCCAGAGCACAGGACUUGUUCAUGCAGUCCAUGGCGCAGUGGUCAGUGGACGUUGCGGUAGCCGCGGACCCGUACUACGUUCCCAGGCAUUCCAACUGGGCUGGGGACGUGGACGGCGUCGUGGCCAUCGUCACGCCGUCGGCGGCUCCCCCUCUCGUCGUAAAAGAGAGGGGGGCCGGUUACGUGGUGGCAGUGUGCGGAGGAGGGGUGGCGGUAGUGGGCGUUUAUUUUUCGCCCAACCGCCCAAUGGUCGAGUUUGAGCCGUUCUUGUUGAGGCUCAGCUCGGCCGUGAGGAGGCUCGCCCCGGCGAAUAUUUUGGUAAUGGGCGACCUCAAUGCCAAAUCGCCGGCUUGGGGCAGCCGCUUGCCCAACGCCAAGGGGCGAGCGGUGCAUGCGUGGGUGACGGCCAACGGCCUGGUCGUCGCCAACCGCGGCACCGCCAACACCUGCGUGAGGAGGUGGGGGGGUUCCAUCGUGGACAUAACGUUCGCGACCCCCACCCUAGCCUCACAAGUGCAGGACUGGCGGGUGCUGGAGGGGGAGGAGACCCUUUCGGACCACGUAUACAUAAGGUUCAGGGUCUCCUCCUCGCAGGCGUCAACGACGGCGCCUGCACGGCGAGGGCGAGGGCGAGAGGGGUUUCCCCGUUGGGCCCUCGCCAAAUUCGAUGCCGAAAGGGCAACGGAGGCGGCUAUCGUGGCCGCAUGGGGCGUUUCCCCCCAAGUGGGUUCGAACGAGAUGGCAGUCGGGUUCAGAAGGAAUCUGACUGCCAUCUGCGAUGCCGCAAUGCCCCGUACCGGCGGCAGGCCUCCCAACAAGAGGGAGGUCUACUGGUGGACGCACGAGCUCGCGCUUCUGCGAUCCGCCAGCAACGCCGCGCGGAGGGCGCACAAGCGGUGUCGCAGAAGGCGUCACACGCCCCAGGAGGAGGAAAUCCACCACGCCGCCUAUAGGGCGGCGCAAGAGGAGCUCCGAGUCGGCAUAAGCCGGGCCCAAGAUCUGGCCCGGCAGGGGUUCCUAGCCACGUUGGAUGGGGACCCCUGGGGGCGCCCGUACAAGAUGGUGCGCAACAAGUUGCAGCACCGGGCGCCCCCCGCCGAGACGAUGGAGACGGAGCUCCUCAAUCAAGUGGUGGCUGGCCUGUUCCCGGAGGGGGAUGAGAGUUUCUCUCCUCCCUCCAUGACUCCGCCGAUUGCGGAGCCGGAACAGGCCGAUACAGUUCCUCCAGUCACACAGGAGGAACUAAAGGCGGCAGCGGACCGGCUCAGAGCCACAAGAAAGGCCCCCGGUCCGGACGGUGUGCCAGGGAAAGUCCUGGCACUCGCGUUGGAACACCUGGGAGAACGCGUAUUGAAGCUCUUCGAUGCCAGCUUGGCGUCGGGGAGCUUCCCCCAGGUGUGGAAGGAGGGCCGCCUUUGCCUCCUCCUGAAGGAAGGGCGUCCGGUCGAGUCCCCAUCAGCGUAUCGGCCCAUCGUGCUGCUCGAUGAGGCGGGUAAGCUUUUCGAGCGAGUGCUCGCUCCCCGCAUCAUCGAGCACCUCGACAGUGUGGGCCCCGAUGUGUCGUCGCACCAGUUCGGAUUUCGGGCUGGGCGUUCGACCAUCGAUGCGAUAGCGGAGCUAAGGGGACAGGUGAGGAGGGCCAAGGCGGAACGGGGGAUUGUUGUGGCGGUGUCGUUGGACAUCGCCAACGCGUUCAACAGUAUCCCGUUCUCCGUCAUCGAGGAGGCCCUAAAGUUCCACCGCCUGCCUCAAUAUCUGAGGCAGGUGGUGUCGAGCUACCUCACCGGGAGGAAGAUCUCCUUCCUUGACCGGAACGGGGAGAUGAGGGAGCGGAGCAUGUGCCGCGGGGUUCCACAGGGCUCGGUUCUGGGCCCGCUAUUGUGGAACCUCGGAUACGACUACGUGCUCCGAGGAUCUCUCCCCGUUGGACUGGGUGUCAUCUGCUACGCAGAUGACACUCUAGUCUACGCCCGGGGGCGGGAUUGGGGGGAAGCGUCGCGACUGGCCACGGAGGGAAGCGCCCUAGUGGUCAGCCGCAUUGGGGAGCUGGGGCUCACGGUCGCCUUCGACAAAACAGAGGUCAUAGCAUUCUAUGGCCUCCGUCGAGGGCCUCCGCCCGGCUCCUGGGUGGAGGUGGGAGGAAGGAGGGUCGGGGUGAGCCCUCAUAUAAAGUAUCUUGGGCUCACCCUGGACAGCCGGUGGAACUUCAAAGAGCACUUCCACCGGCUGUCGCCGCGACUCGUGUCCGCCGCGGCGGCGCUUGGGCGCCUUAUGCCAAACGUGGGGGGACCCAGCUCCCUAUGUCGUCGGCUUUAUGCUGGCGUCAUACGGAGCAUGGCCCUCUACGGGGCGCCCAUCUGGGCGGAGGCCCUCACCACCAGACUGCGGCCGCUUCUGCGCAGACCGCAGAAGCUAAUGGCGGUGAGGGCGAUUCGGGCGUACCGGACGGUUUCCGGAGCGGCGGCAUGCGCCCUGGCUGGAUCCGCACCCUGGGAGCUCGAGGCGUCCGUCCUCGAGCAGACCUACAGGUGCCGUGCGGAAGCCAGGGCACGUGGAGAGCGCCCCACACUAGAGGAGCUAGUGGGGGUUCGGCGUGCCGCCAAGACCGCCGUCCAGGCGGGAUGGGAGGAGGCACUCCGAUCGGCCAGAUACGGGGAGCGCACCGUCCAGGCGCUGCUCCCUGUACUGGCCGAUUGGAGAAAGAGGAGGCACGGGUCCCUCACCUACCGUCUUGUUCAGGUCCUUGACAAACCGUCCUCGUCGGAAUCACUGCUAUUGAUCACUGAGGAGAUCGUUAUCUUCAAGGUAUGA